AUGUCCGAACUUUUCAGCGUCUCGCCCGCCGGCCUCACGGAGGUGGACGGGCUGGCCAGGCUCACUGCAGGCAGCACCACUGUCCUAGUGUCUGUCUCCGGCCCCAUCGAGCCGAAAAUCCGCCAAGAAUUGCCCACGCAGGCCAGCUUGGAGCUUAUUGUGCGCCCCAGCAGGGGCGUGUCCACCACCCGCGAGAAAAACUUGGAGGACUUGAUGCGCUGCGUGCUCCAGCUGGUGAUCGUAAGACACAAGUACCCUCGGCAGCUCAUCCAGAUCGUGGUGCAGUUCUUGGCCACGGACGUCGACUUGGGCGGGACCGUGGCCGUUUCGGGCAACACGGCCAAGUCCGGCGCCGUGUUCACCGCCAACGAGCUCAGCGCCGCCAUCAACUGCGCGUAUUUUGCGCUUGUCGACGCCAACAUUGCGCUCUUCAACUCGUUUGCCCUGGUCUCGCUUGCCGUGGACUCGGCCGGACACGUCUCGACCGGCCCCCCCUUGAAGGCCUUGCAGAGCUCGCAGAGCCACCACGUGAUUUGCUUUGACAUCCGGGACAGGAAGGCCCUGAAGAUCCUCUUGGUGGAAAGCAACGGUGCGUUUGACGACGACACGCUCGUGUCGGUGGUGGAGGCGGCCAGCGAGUACUGUGAGACGGUGCACGCGGCUGUGCAGAGGCCGUUUGUGGAGAAGCUGGUGGCCGAGGAUUUUGUAUGGGCAUCGUAG